AUGGCUAGAUCGAAAAAUAGCGGUUGUAUAGCACAUCAUAUUUUCAUUCUGGAUUCCCAAAAGAGGACUUAUUUAGACAUCUACAAGAUGGAUUUGGCGGAGACAAUGAAAAGUGUUCUAGCGAAAAGCACGGGAAAUGCAAGCGGUGCAUCAAGCAGCUCUAGUGCGGCGGCUCCGCAUGGCGCUGAGGGCUACGUGACGGAAAAACUUUAUAUGCUGCUUCAAUUAUAUUUGCAAAAUAAAGGCUGGAGCCCUAGUAUAGAACUUUUGCAAUGUUUUAGUGAUUUAAAAGAGUCCUCAAUGCUGCCUAGUGCUGCUUAUUUACAAAUGAUGGCUUCAAGAGUGGGCUUAGAUGCACAAGGUAGAUUAAUAUAUCGUGAAAAUGGAAAAAUAAUUCUUCCAUAUGAGCACUUUGCUAAUGCUGUCAUGUUAAAGCAUAUGAAUGGUCCCCAUGGACUUCAUCUUGGAUUAGAAGCUACAGUUAGAGCAGUUGUAGAAUCAUAUACCAUUGGUCGUGAUCAAUUUGGGAUGGAAAAAGAGUUUAUUGUAGAUGUAGUCCAAAACUGUCCAAAUCCAGCUUGCCGUUAUUAUAAAAAUCAGCUGGAAAUGACACAGAAAUCUAUUCAGCAACACUUAUCACAACAACCAACAUAUAUUCCAGAGGCUGGUGGUGCGUCAUUACCAGACAGUGCAGCAGUUGAACGUCUAUUACGAGGUGCAGCUUUACCACAAGACUAUCAACUGCCAAUUGCACCCCAUCUAGCUGCACUCACAAACCUAGCUGGUGAUAAGUCAGAACGUCGAGCGGAGAAGUUAUCUCAACAGAUGCUCCUGCAGCAGAACAGGUCACUGGCACACCAAGCGCCUAUAGACAAGUACUCUCACUCACAGCGAUCCUCUUCACACUCUAGUAUGGACACUAAAUCAAAGCACCAUUAUACUGAUGAACACAAGCUCACUGAUUUCUUGAGAGCCAACUUGGAGAGCCUGGAGUCUCUGUCGGGUACCCACGAGCGCGGGGGGUCGGGGGGCGUGGGGGGCGCGGCGGCGGGCGCGGCGGGGGGUGCGGCGGGGGGCGCGGGGGGCCAGGAGCGCGUGGUGCGCGCAUUUGCGGAGCUGGCGCGCAACCUGCAGCGCAUGCGGCCGUGCGUGCGCCCCGCCAUGUGCAAGCCCUACGGCAAGCAGAGCGAGCAGCUGCAGAAGAUAUUGUUGGAUACAAUCCAACUCGUGCAGUCGCUGCGAAGUUACCUGCCGCCUCCGCACAUUCAAGUUACAUCGUGGAAGAACGAUGACAAGCUACGUUCUAACAAUAUGGAGGAGCUCGAGAGCCGUAAGAUUGUAAGCGGUAAC